AUGCCGUUCUUCAAAGAGUUUCGUCGCCGCUCAAAGGCGAGCUUCCAGUCCGAUUCGAAGAGCGCCGUAACCAAGGUGGAAAUGGUCGGAAAAUCUUCCUCCACGAUCGACACUUCCUCUCACAGCUCCAUAACUCCGCCGUCGUCGAUCAAGCCAACUCUGUCAUCUCCAAACCUUCCUUCCUUGACCGAAUUAGAUACCAAUGCCCCGUUGCCCCCGCCCCCGCAGCGACCAGGCCCAUUCGCAACUCGAUCGCAGCGGAAUAGUAUGAUUGGCAGCUCCGCAUCAUCUAUCAAUGGAGUAUACCGUCAACCUUCUGCCUCCCCUCAUGCGCCAAGAAUUGUGUCAGUCGCAGAUAAUUCAUGGGUGCAUCAAAAAGUUCUACUCGUAUAUGGACAAAUCGGAGAUCCUAGGAACCACCCGCUGGACGGAGGGGUGACGGUUUUCCAUCACCAGGACAAUUUUCCUUCUACCGGCUGGCCCGUAACACAAUCCCACUUCAAAGCCCUUGUUCACCUUGUCCCCGGACCUAAUCGCCUUCGUUUCGACUUCAUCUCCCCCAAACUAUCCACAGGCAGUACCCACCCGGCUGUACAUUCGACAUGGUUUUGCAUAAAUUACCUUCCAUUGGUCAGCGCACCGCCCUUACAACUGGUCAUUUUACUUGGGAAGGAUUCAGAUGGCACCUUUGAUGCUGUGCCCGAACGCGUGGAGCGAGAAGGAAAUGGUCUGGAAACGGCCAUUCAAAAAUAUCGAACUGCAGCAUACCUUUGGCAAGCGUUCACGGGAGAGCAGAUGUUCCGCAACAAUUUCGGUCGCCGUUGUUUCCGAUUCGAGGAGGAGUGGCAGUCAGGCACCCUCAGCCGUCGAGAUGUAGCUGCAGGCCAAAUGCGCAAUGAAGCGAAGAUUCAUAUUGUCCGCAGCGAAAAGACUGUUGCGGAACUCCGUGAUCUAAACAUCGCCCAGCAAAACAAAAACGCUCAGAAGAAAGACGAGUUAUUUACGAUCGCCAAGGACGCAGUGCGAAAACAUUUCAACCCGCAACCUGGUCAGAAACAAUACGUCUCAGUACUGCUGCUCGACUCACAUUGGGAUACUGAGCAGCAACUCAUCACCGGCCAUGCCGCCCUGGGAUCCGCGGGCGAUGAUAUCAAAAUGGCUAUCUUUGGAUCUCACUCAUUACAGAGCUACCCCUCCUGCCUGGAGGAGGUUGUGGACGCAUUCUCUGACUGCACACGGACAGAUACGAACUACGUAGCAAAUGAUUGUGGCGAAGCCGGCUCGAAUUGGGAAUCCGCCAAUAUCGGUAUCGGUGCCCAUCUACACGAGAUCGGGCACCUUUUCGGAUGCCCCCAUCAGGAAUCCGGGAUUAUGCUUCGCGACUACGUAACACUGAAUCGUUCGUUCCUGACGAAAGAGCCAUUCUCAACUCGAACAAAGUCGCAAGGGCUGAAGGUAUGUCUACCUAACGAUGAGUGCAACUGGCACCGCCUUGACGCCCUCCGAUUCCGGUUCCACCCUUGUUUCCGACUCCCUAGUGACUCCUCUGUGAGCCAAGAUGAAAGCGUGCAAGUUUGGCCUGUGGAAAACGGCAAGAUUCUGUUCACCGCAUCCUCGGGAAUUGCGUUUAUGGAGAUCUACAGGGAAGGCGAUGAGCUCUGCCAAACCUCUAUCGAAUACCUGAACGGCGAGUCUAGCAGCAAUGGUCUUCCAAAGCAGAUCACUAUCACAGAGAAUGAACUCCGAUUGAAAGCCUAUGGUACCGAAAAGGAGAAGAAAAAGAAGAUCAAGGUCGUGGUAUACUCUGGAGCUCUAGGAAGUUAUACUGUUGAGGACGUUAGCUUGUUAAAGUCGAAGGAUUCUUUGAUCAAGCUACCCAAGAGUCAGUCAGGUUACAAAAGUGGAAUGUUGGGCUUUUCUUCUAUGGAAGGCAGCGAGCCCGAGCAACUACUCCUCGAAUGUGCCUUCAUCGGAACCAAGCUAUUGACCUCCAUCAAAGUGUAUCAUGGGAACGCAUUGGAUGGAAUCGAGUUUUGUUAUGAGGACAUGACCAGCCAGCUCUUUGGAAAGCGUGGCGGCAAACCCGGUGGUGACGAGUUUGUUCUCGAUACUCGGCGUGGGGAGAUUCUACUUGGGUUCUACGUCCGAGCUGGACUCUGGAUUGAUGGACUUGAGAUUCUCACCAGCCUUGGCCGAAAAUCCGGCUUCUAUGGGAACCGAAAUGGCGGAUCAGGACAUACCUUGAUACCGCCUCUUGGAUAUAAGAUUGCCGGCAUUUCUGGAUCUUGCGCAUCCUGGAUCGAUGGAUUUUCACUCAUCAUUCAGCACUAA